CUUAGCUUAGCUCUGGUUAACCCUAAACCACACAUCAUCCGUCUUCACCGUAUCCCCUGGCCGCCUUGUGAUUUCGACGGACGGUUCCAUCGAGGUGUUCCCUUGAUUGAUUGCCAUCGUGAUCGGCUCCAACGAUCCCUCUCCUCGUCUCCUCUCUUCCUACCUUCACGUCCCCUUUUAAACCCGCUAUUCCGUUUCGCUCGCCGCACCGACCGCGAGAGAGAGAGAGAGAGAGAGGGGAGGAGGUGAAUCCUGAAACAAAUGGGGAACGCCUCUUCCAUGCUCACCCAGUACGACAUCGAGGAAGUCCAAGAGCACUGCCACUACCUCUUCUCGCAGCAGGAGAUCGUUGCCCUAUACAAUCGCUUCUGCCAGCUUGAUCGCAGCGCCAAGGGCUUCAUCUCCUCUGAUGAGUUCCUCUCUAUCCCCGAGUUCUCCCUCAACCCCCUCUCUCAAAGGCUGCUCAAGAUGGUCGAUGGGUUGAACUUCAAGGUGUUCGUCGCCUUCCUGUCGGCCUUCAGCCCGCUAGCCACCGUCCCGCAGAAGAUCGAAUUGAUCUUUAAGGUGUAUGACGUUGAUGGUAAGGGGAGAGUUACAUUCAAGGACUUGAUGGAGGUGCUUGGUGACUUGACGGGGUCGUUCAUGUCCGAGGAGCAGAGAGAGAUAGUCUUAAGCCAGGUUUUGAAGGAAGCUGGUUACUCAAGAGACUCGCCACUUUUGUUGGAAGACUUUAUGAAGGUUGCAUCCAAAUGUAUAAAUUUUGUCAUCUUCCAUGGAGCACUAAGAAGACUUGGGGUUACUCCACUAACCCAACCCUAUGUUGUUAACAAGGUUUGGGAUACGAGGUUGAGUGCUAAGAAGUAAGAUACCCACAAUAUCGAACUCCUCUAAGCUCUUGACUCGACAAAUCUUGUUGGAGGUUUUACUUUUGGAACCAUAUAAGGCCAAAGGCAUGUUUUACAUUUGGAAGGAAUUGAAAUGUCAAGGUAAAGGUUGCUUGCUGUCUCCAUGUCCCCCGGUUGAAAGCAAUGCAAGGUUAAAGGAUUAAGUGGUCUGUUUUUUCACAUUAUAAGUGUAUUAAAAGAAUAUUGGGAAGAGAAGUGAUUUUUGGUGUUUAAGCUUAAAAAUGGGUGGGGAAGAAAAUUCUGUUCUUUUAGUAUUUUAUGAUGAUGGAAUACCUGCAAAAGAAGAAUAAUAUCUCUUGUAUAUUCAUCAUCAAUUUAUCAAACAGGGAAAGUGUGAAUAAGCUGACUUGCAAGUCAGAUAUUUCUGGUGCAGCAACGGCUGGCUUCCACUUUCUUGAUGACAAUGCCAUAUGCAUGAUGGCCAAUUUCAUAUUUAGGCAUUUGGAAAUUUAGUUCAUUCUUUAAGUUAAAACCUUCAAUCUGAAUGUGUCACCUUUGAUUUUCAAUCAUUAUAGAAUUCUGUUUCAUAAUGUAAUACUAUUAGAUGUCUAUUUAGUGUUAGCUAACGAAUAUGUGCUAGAUCUG